CUAGAUGUCCUUUCGACAAAGUGUAUCAAAGCCACACCUGCCUGCGGGUGGCUUGACAUGAUGGACGGGUUACAUGUGAGGUUGCGGCACAGAGAAAAGUCUUGAUGUCGCAACCCGCAUCCGGAGGAGCACAAGUGUGCCUCUUUUAUGUUGGUGCCUCUUGGCUGCCUCUCUGGACGGUGGCCUCCCAAGCGCCUUUUGAUAUAGAACCUCAAGUCAAAGUUGAUUUUUAUAAGUAUCAAAAUCGAGUCCAUAUCUUCGCAUCCAAGACAAAAAAUGUCAUACUCGUCAGGAUCUCAUGCAAGUCGACCCACAAUCGAGGUUUGCCCAUUCUUGUCCGACACCUAUCAUUCGCAGACACAUGGACGCUACUGCAUGGUGGCUCACUGGUUGAUGUCCUGCAUGUUAUCGCCCACUUCCCUGUCGUCAAUCCGCCACUUCGCGACGUUAUAGGGGCAACAAUACGCCAUAUGGUGCCCUCACUGCCCUGUUAUAUUUUGUGUUGGCACGCAGACCAAUAGGACGGCCGUCGCAAACAACAAGCACGCAUUUUAUAACAAGCUGGACCCCCGACAUCUCUUGCUUGCUCAAGGCUUGGCCGGAUCAACCCCACUCCGCUUGUCCCGCAUCA